CCAAGCCCGCACUUUUCGCAGUCAGUUCUUUCCCACACCAACGACUUGCGAUUGCACAGUAGACGACUUUCAGCAACGAUACAACUGCAUCCGACUCUGUCAACAGCCGCCCAUCCAUCAUGUCGGCUCCUCAGAGUGUGCAGUGCUUCGGCAAGAAGAAGACGGCAACCGCUGUCGCCCAUUGCAAGAAGGGAAAAGGCCUUAUCAAGGUCAACGGCCGACCUCUCUCCCUCGUUCAACCUGAGAUUCUCCGAUUCAAGGUCUACGAGCCUCUUUUGAUCGUUGGACUCGACAAGUUCUCUGAGGUCGACAUCCGUGUCCGAGUUACCGGUGGUGGUCACACUUCUCAAAUCUACGCCAUUCGACAGGCCAUUUCCAAGUCAAUUGUCGCUUACUACCAGAAAUAUGUCGAUGAAUACACCAAGAACCAACUGAAGCAAGCCCUUGUACAAUACGACCGCACACUCCUCGUUGCCGACAACAGACGAUGCGAGCCCAAGAAGUUCGGUGGUCCAGGUGCCAGAGCCAGAUACCAAAAGUCUUACCGUUAAAAGAUACGGCGAUGGUUGUGGUUGGUAUGGGUUGUGUGUGGUGGAUCGCAUAUGGUUCUUGCGGCAGGUUAGAUCAGAACGAUGCCUGAAGGAUAUCGAUGGUCAGCCUCGCCGAGAUUAUGCAGCAUGGAAAUGGAGCGUUCCUGGUCUCCAAUGAUGGUAUUUGGGACCUUGCAGGAUCGAAUCGGCGCCAAUUGC